GGCUUCCUGAUGAACUUCCCGGUGGAUGGCGGCCCGAGCAUUGUCUUUGCUCCGCACACUGUUUGCGGGGACUUUCCAAAGAGUGCGUGCGCAUUAAUGCGCGUGCGCGUGUGAGUGUACGUGUGCACGCGCACGGGGGGUUAAAAAGUGCAUGUAUGUAAUAUUGAACAAUUACUUUUCACUGUUUUCAAUAAUUGGCUAGACACGUGUUAUUAAUUAAACCCCCAGUUUUUUUUGUCAAAAGGCACAUCCGGUUACUGGUGAACUUGAAUCGUCUGCUGCACUUGAUAUUUCCCGCAGCAACGGCGUCCACAGUCAACGGGCGCCGGCUCGGUGUUUUACUUGAUCGAGUUUAGACCAGAAAAUGAACACACUAACAUGAAAACAAGGUUGGAGUCUCGCCUUAAGCCAUGGCCAGUGUCCGAACUGCAGCGGAUAGGCGGGAAGAUGGACCUGAGGGCCCCGACGGUGGUUGGGGUUGGGUGCUGGUGGCCGCCUUGUUCGUCAGCACCAGCCUGGUGUUCGGGCUCAUGCGAAGCCUGGGCAUCUUCUUCGUGGAGUUUGUGCAGUACUUCGAUGAGAGCGCUCAGGCCAUCUCCUGGAUCUCAUCCACCGGCCUAGCGGCGCAGCAGUUCUUCAGCCCGCUGGGAGCUGCCUUGUCCAACGCGUACGACACCCGCCUGGUUGUGAUGGCGGGGGGCUGCCUGGCUGCACUCGGCCUCAUACUGGCCUCACAGGCCACCUGUCUCGCCCACCUCUACCUCACCAUGGGCGUCAUUUCAGGGUUGGGCUGGGGUCUGGUCUUCAUCCCCAUGGUGGCCACAGUCAUGUCCAGCUUCACUCGGCGACGCGCCUUGGCCUUGGGAGUGGCGUUCUCCAGCAUUGGCCUGUCUUCCUUCGCUUUCAACCCGCUCUUCCAGCUGAUGGUGGAGAGGUACGCCUGGCGCGGGGCCCUGCUAAUUUUGGGGGGGCUCAGCCUCAACAUUGUGCCAUGCGGGGCGCUUAUUCCCACACGGCCGCGUCCUAAAGAUGCAGAAAAGGUGUCAGCAGAGACAGCGUCGUCAGGUGGUGGCGUCCUGCGUAGAGUCUCGUCCUAUUUGGAGCUGUCGCUGCUGUGCCAGCGGUCUUACCUCACCUACACUAUGGCCAUCACACUGCUCAACGCGGGCUAUUUCGUGCCCUACGUCCACCUGGUGGCCCACAGCAGACACGCCGGCUUCUCCCAGUACCAGGCCGCCUUCGUCAUGUCCGCUGCUGGCGCCGCUGACAUCUUUGGCCGCGUGGCUUCGGGCUGGUUCUCGGACCUGGGCCACUUCCGGCUCAUCCACUUGAUGACUGUGUGUACGGCGCUGGCCGGGCUGUUCAUCAUGUUGUUGCCCGUGAGCACUCUAUGGGGCUCCUACGCCGCCCUCAUGGCCGUCAGCCUUCUCUAUGGCUUCUGUUCGGGGACGCUGACCUCGCUGGUUUUCACCGUGGUGCCCAUGGUGGCCGGCGUGGAGCGCAUGAUGGGGGCGCUGGGGCUGCUGCAGCUGAUUGAGAGCUGGGGCGGACUGCUGGGAUCUCCUCUGUCAGGGCUGCUCAAGGACGUCACAGGAGACUACAUGGCCUCCUUCGUGGUGUCGGGCUCCUUUCUCAUCCUCAGCAGCUUGAUAAUGACCACCCUGCCACACUACUUCUCCUGCACGGAUCCACCUCCUGUGCAAGGACCCAGCCAGGAGGACAAAUGCGAGGGUCUGGCCUCGGAGACGGAGCGAAUGAAUCAGACUCCUUGUGAGUGGCGUGAUGAAGAGGCCCUCUCCCAAUGCCGUCCACCUGGUUGACGUCGGCGCCAUUCUGCAGCAGAAACUCGCAGGCCGCCAGGGCGUUCUGGUCAGGGAGAAUCAGACAAAACCAAAAAACCUGUCUCAAACACAAAAGUCUUCGUAGUGGUUUCCGGAAGAGUGCCGCCUCACCGCUGAGACGGCUUCGAUGAGUGGCGUGCGGGAUUCCUCAGCCGCGUUGACCCAGUUGACGUUGGCGCCGUGGGCCAACGCGUCCGCCAUAACGGGGAAGUUCUGCAGGGCGGCCGAGCGGUACAGCAGAGCCCCCGGGUGAAGGCUGCUUAGAUCUUCCUCCUCGUCGUUCAAAUCUAAGGCACCUUUGGUGAUACUCACUUGGACGGCGAGACCACUUCAAAACAAAAGCGUCGCUCAUUCUCGGCACUGGGCUUGACUGUGCAGAGACGCAAGUCUUCCACCACCACCGUGGGCUGCUCCUGAGAGAAACCACACCUUCAAACACAAGGGCCACCCUGCCACCCGCUCUAUGUCCAUUCUUGUUUAGGACCUGACACAUUUUACCUUGAAUUUCUUCUGAUAUACCAGCUGGUUUUUCUGGAUGGAGAACCAGCGCCUAAGGAAGAGGAAAGUGAGAGGUUUAGUCUUUUUCAAAUGGGUUGCACCCGCUGGGAAAGAGCAGCACCUGCUCCACGUCUUGAAGGCGUUGCUGGCCCUCUUGUAGAGGUAGCCCUCCAUCACCACUCCGUCAGCGGCGUCAGGAUUGAAGUCCAUCAUGGAGUCGUCGUAGGAGACAUCCUGAAAACAUUUUGCUAUGAGCUUGCGUCCUCCUUUUCUGACAUGUUUGUCUUUAAAGUACAAGUUUUGAACCUUUUUUUUGAUGGCGGAGUGUCUUUGCUCCAUGUCCCGCUUCUCCCGUGCAGAGUUGAGGACAAACUGCUUGUGCUUUGGACACAUUAAAAGGUCAUUAUUGUCAUUUAUUCCGCUCCCUUCACGCCACACUGGCAGAUAACACAUGGACUUGCAUGAUCUGUUUUUUUCCUCCAACAACAAUAAUAAAUAUUCCAGAGACAGACAGGAAGAAUUUGGACAUGCUUGUGAUUUCUCUUUAAAACAUUUUUUCC